UUCCACCGCGGGCCGCCAUCGCUAUUGCGGCGUCUUGCCUCGGCUCCGGCCGCGUGGCCGACUGUGCCCUUCCUCUGUGAGCUAGGGCUCGCAGCCCACGAGGGAAGACCGGGGAGCAGAAGUUAGGAGGGGCUGGUGGGCCGAGCGUUCUGAGGGGGGCGGCAGCUCCCGCCCCCGAGUGGCGCGCGCGGCCGCCUCGGUAGCUGUCAUGGCCGCCAGGCCACGUGACUCUGGCCGGGCGCCGGCCUGUCUUCCUGUCUAGUGCAGUGGUCUCGGUUCACCGACUCCCUCCUUUUCUCGCUUGUGGACCACGAUACUGCUUUUCUUUCCUCAGAAGCACUGCUGACAGACUCUGAAAAAGCCAAAAUGCCUAUUCGCAAAGAGGGGAGCGCGGGGUGUUGGCGCAUGCGCAUGUCGCCGCCCGGCCUCUUGUAUGGGACGGGCUGCGGAGGAAGAGACUGGUAAACAGGAAGUGGACCUAGGGAGCCCGGGAGCUACCCCCAGAAGAUAUCUGGGAAAAAUGACACAUUGGUUUCAUAGGAACCCGUUAAAAGCCACAGCUCCUGUCUCUUUUAACUACUAUGGUGUAAUCACUGGCCCUCCUGCUUCAAAAAUUUGCAAUGACUUGAGAUCAUCCAGAGCAAGACUCCUUGAACUGUUCACUGAUUUGAGCUGUAAUCCAGAAAUGAUGAAGAAUGCAGCAGAUUUGUAUUUUUCACUUUUACAAGGUUUCAUAAAUUCAUUGGAUGAGUCUACUCAAGAAAGCAAGUUACGAUAUAUACAAAAUUUCAAGUGGACUGAUACAUUACAAGGACAGGUUCCCAGUGCUCAGCAGGAUGCUGUUUUUGAAUUAAUCUCCAUGGGAUUUAAUGUAGCUUUAUGGUACACCAAGUAUGCUUCAAGACUGGCUGGGAAAGAAAACAUAACAGAGGAUGAAGCAAAAGAUGUCCAUCGAAGCUUAAAAAUUGCAGCUGGGAUUUUUAAACAUUUGAAGGAAAGUCACAUCCCAAAACUUAUCACACCUGCAGAAAAGGGAAGGGAUUUGGAGGCUCGACUCAUAGACGCUUAUGUUAUCCAGUGUCAGGCUGAAGCUCAAGAAGUAACAAUUGCUCGAGCAAUUGAACUAAAACAUGCACCUGGACUAAUUGCUGCACUAGCAUAUGAAACAGCCAAUUUCUAUCAAAAAGCUGAUCAUACUUUAUCCAGUUUGGAGCCUGCAUACUCUGCUAAAUGGAGAAAAUAUCUUCACUUGAAAAUGUGUUUCUACACAGCUUAUGCUUACUGUUAUCAUGGCCAGACAUUGUUGGCUAGUGAUAAAUGUGGUGAAGCAAUCAGGUCUCUCCAAGAAGCAGAAAAAUUUUAUGCAAAGGCAGAAGCACUAUGCAAAGAAUAUGGAGAAACAAAAGGACCUGGACCAACAGUCAAACCAUCAGGACACUUGUUCUUCAGGAAACUUGGAAACCUUGUGAAGAAUACACUAGAAAAAUGUCAGAGAGAAAAUGGGUUUAUUUACUUUCAGAAAAUUCCAGCCGAAGCUCCACAACUGGAACUCAAAGCAAAUUAUGGUCUUGUAGAGCCUGUACCUUUUGAAUUUCCUCCUGCAAGUACUCAGUGGACACCAGAAACAUUGGCUGCCUUUGAUCUCACCAAGAGACCCAAGGAUGACAGUGCCAAACCCAAACCAGAAGAAGAUGUGAAACCCGUGAAAGAACCAGAUAUCAAACCUCAAAAAGACACUGGUUGCUACCUAUCCUAACAUACUUCUGAAAUAAGAUGUGCACUUAAAAUUUACUGCUUGUGGAUAAGAUAAACCAUGGACCUUCAGUUCAUUUUCCUUAAAAUGAUUUCUCUGAAACUUUAGAAUACUACAUUCAGAGGGAACCUGGCUCCAGUUUAUUUGUUCUUGGUUUUGAAUACAGUGGAGACACCUCCAUGCUUUGUUUCCAGACUCCUUUUUAAUCAGGACAACGCUUGAAAGAUUUUAUUGUGCCUCUAACGGGUGUAUUUGGGGGUUAGGUCUUUUUUUGAACUCUGGAUAAUAAUAAUUUCAGAUUAAUAUAUUAUAGGUGUAAAUCAUGUAGCUUUCACUUUCAGGUAUAUUUUCACAAAAAGAGUUUAUGUUCCUCCUUAUUUGAUACCUGAAGAAUGACGGGAAUUAGUUUUUAACAAAGACAGGGUUUUUUUUUCCCCUCACCAUUGUAUUAGUUUGAAUACAGACCUGAUAUGGUCUGCGUCAUUUAUCUUUUCUGGUAGAAAAACAGUGACUUAAAGAUCAGAACACUUUCCUACCAAAUCCCUUAAAUAGAUUAGAAUCUAUAAUUUACUUGAAAAUCAGUGUUUAUAGGUAUGUUGAGUCUUUUAAGAAUGUAUCUAUUCUUAUAGCCCUAUGUUUCAUUCUGUUUCAGUAACCCUAAGUUGAUUUUUACAAGUACGUUUUCUAAUGGGUUUUUUACUUAGAGAAAGAACUUUGUUAACAGCUGUUAAUGUUUCUUAUGGAAGACAAGACAGUACAAAUAGAAAAUGUUUUUUGAAGUAAAAUUUUGUGUGAUGUAAAGAAGAAACUUUAAUUACGUGAGGUAGGUUGUCCUGAAUUAUACUGGUAGCUCUUUACUUCUGUGGUAAAGAAGUUACAGUAAAAUGCCUUUGUUGCCUGAUUCAGUGUACAUUGUUUUUUAUGGUUUUCUAAUACAUGUGUCCUGUCAGGAUUGUAUUGCAUUAGGCCAAAGGCCAUAGCAAAAACUUAGAGAACAAACUUAAAUACAGUAUAAUCUGAAUCAUAGAUUGUAAUCUUGGGAACAGAUAGGUUAGCAUGUGCACAGACUUGGAAAAUAGUGGAGGCAUAAUACUGUAACAAAAGUCACACAUCUGUAAGUUUAUCUUUUGAUUAUUCUCCUGGCAUGUUAGCCAAUUUUCCUAUUGUAAUGGACAGAUCAGUCCACUUAAUAGAAAUAAUAGUAGUGUGUAUGGAAAACUUGCUGUUUGCCAGGCACUGUGCUAAGCAGUUACACAGAUAAACCAUUAAUUCCACAGAACAGCCCUGUGAGGAAUGAACAAAAUCUGCAUAAAGUGCUAAUGUAGUAGUACACGUUUCAUUGCAAAGAAUGGCUAGAAUAUGCCCAAGUCAAUAUUGUGAUCAGAUGAGUGAUUACUUAAAUCCUGUAUUGUAGUUUACACUGCUUAGAGACACUCCUUAGGAAACGCUACACAGAAUCAGUGUGGGGUUUUGUUUUUUUUUUUAAUACACAGAAUUGCUAAUUUGUGCUUACAGUAUGAUAUUUAAUAUUUGAAACCACAGUUUCCAGAGUAAGUGGAGUAAUAACAAAUAGGCAUUUAGUUUUAUUUUGUUGUCUAUGGAAAAAAAUAAUUUAUUAAACUUCCCCAUAUCUUGUGUGAUCCUCAUUACAGAGUCCAUCGUCAUCUUUGCUGUUUAGCCAUUUACUGACAAAAUCCUACGUAGCACUGCACAGCUCUUUUCUUUCUACCUAUAGGACUUGUUUAUCUUAGGUAAUAGAGCCUAUUAACCUAGUUACUAAAUUUUCACAUUGACAUUUUUGUGUUACUCUAUUACCAUACAUGAAAUGGAAACAUGUAUUAUGCCCAGUGCUUUUGUAGAACUCAGUACUGCUUUAAAUCAGUAAUUAAACAUUCUAUUGGCUCAGCAAAGGUGAUACUCUGUGACUAAAGUACCCCAUCCCAUCAUAUUUAAUGCUUUCUGACAUGACAUUGAGAAUUUGGGGAAAUUACCAAAUUCAGAGUUGUGUGAAAAUUAGAGAGAUGUAACUAUUUGUGUUAACUGCAUUUGGUACCAAGCAGUGACAGCUAACAUAUUACUUCUGCUAAAGGUGUUAUUUGUAUAAUGAGUUAUCUUUUUUAUUUAUGAAAAUAAAAGUAAUUUUACUUAGAAA